AUGGCUUUCAAAAUUGACGAUGAACUGAUCAAUAUGAUCGGUGAUUUUGCAAAUAUGAAUCGUUCACCGGAUUUCAAAGUAAAAACCACUGAAAAUCAACAAAAAAUAGCGAGAACACGAAUUGGACGCCAACAUUCACUCAAUUUAGCUGUUGGCGUUUCGGAUGAAAUACCACCUUUCAGUGAAGUAAAUACUGCAACACGACGACAAUCAACCGGUAAAUUACUUCAUCCAACUCAUUUAAUUAAUAAACAUAACUUCCCAGCUCCAACCCAUAUGAAGGAAGAUAAUGAACAAAUACGAAAAAGGCAUGGAAAAGCUGGAAAUUAUUCGUUAUUAAAAGAUACAAAUAUCGGGAAUGAAGAAUCGGAUCUUGAAGAAUUAGCAGAGGAAGAAAUAGAUUUGCUAGCAUCAAGAACCAAUAAUGAAACAGGAUCCGUAAAAAACUAUAAAGAAGCAUUAAUGAAUGAUAAUGAUGGUGAUGAUAACGAUAAUGAUAAUACAUCUACAAAUUCAACAAUAUUAUCACCACUAUCGCUUCAUACUAAAAUCAUUAAUAAUAUGGGCCAUCGAGGAUCUAUUAUCCUCAUUGAUGAUAAUGAUGAUGAUAAUAAUAAUGCUGGUCAUGAUAGGCCAUAA